AUGGCUGCCUUGAGGUGCAACGCCGUGGUUGAGGGGGAAGCAUCAGAAACUGAUUCGGAGGAAGAGGCAUAUCUCUCCUCCAUGCGUCCAGCCUCAGUUCCCAGCCUUUCCGGUGUGAAAGUCUUGGGAGAGGCUUCUGAAACAGACGAGGAGGAAGACUCAAGCCCUGGUGGACCCAAACCAGAGCUUCGGUUAAUCAGCCCAGACUUGCCUCCGCUGAUUGUUUAUAGAGACGAAGAUCCGGGGUCCCCUGUGGCAGUGGAAGAGAAGCCAGCCCUCCGCCUCAAACACUGUGGCCGCUACAGCACCCUGCUGCAGCAGAAGCUGAUAGAAAGUAACGCCCGCCUGUACUACGACGUCAGCAGCACUGUCAAGCAGGUGUACCAGACGGCCAUCAAAGAGAUCGGAGCCAUCACCGGGCAGCUCAGCGACUCCCAAAAUGGUAUCAUCAAUGCCUCACACAGCAUCCGUCUCGUCCUGGAAGAUUUACAAGGUGUGGCUGACAAGAUAGACAUCAUCACUAGCUGUAACCUGCUGCCCGAUAUCCAGAUCGCGCUGCCUCUCUCGCACACCUAG